AUGGCGGGGAUAUUUCCAAUGUUUUUGGUGAUUCUUGUGACUCUGCUUGUACCUCCUCUUGGUAUCCUUUUGAUCUCUGGUUGCAACGUCGAUCUGUGUGUCAAUAUCCUCCUCACGAUUUUGGGCUACUUACCUGGUCUCAUCCACGCCUUAUAUCUCGAGCAUGUCUACUAUAGCCGCCGCAACAUUGAUCCAGCUGCUGCGCCCCGGAAAGAUGCACCUGGCGUGUAUUCGAGCCGUAUCCAACAUGGUGGGCGCCAUCAUCAAGCGCAGAGGAGCUACGGCACGGUGUGA